GACCACAUACAUACACCAAAAAAUAAGAAAACAAGCAAUGUAACCACCUUGUUGUUUUAAGACCGUCACAUGAACCAAAAGCAUUGAGACACUCAUAUCUACCGAAAGCGCCAAGUAGUGAAUGUAACCAAUGAUAUAGAAAUGACAGAAAAGAUACAGGAAAGAGAUUGAGAACAAUGAAGAGAGUGCUUGGGACAAGACCUGCAUCCGUCAGAGAAGAUGUUGGAAAAAGCAGCAAUGGCGUACCACCGUCGUCGUCGUCAUCGUCAUCCUUUUCGUCGUCACUGUUGUCGUCGCUUUCUUCGAACCCACCUGGUGAMGACAGCACGAUCACCACCAAUGUGCAGGUUUGUGCAAGGAUCCGGCCCCUAAUUAAAUCCAGUCCUUCGAAACCCACGAGACGACUAAGUUUUAUUCCGGGUGGAAACUCUCGCAGUCCGAGGAAGUCGGGACCUUUUUCCGACACCAGAACAACAUACGAUCAGUCCAAUGUGCAGGAUGACGGUGACUUUGUCGCCUGGGAUAUCUCGAGGGAUAGAAGAACUGCAUCUCAAUCCGAUAGAACAGAAAAAAUCCAAGGCCGUACGCAUUCUUACACGCUUGAUCGGCUUUUUGGAAGUGAGUCGACAACCCAUGAAAUCUACGACGAAUCUGUAGCCUCUUUAGUGAAAGCUGCCAUGGAAGGCUACAAUUCUACGGUAUUAGCAUAUGGUCAGACUUCAACAGGAAAAACGCACACAAUGACAGGAAAGCAGAAAGCACCAGGUUUAAUACCACUGUGUGUUAGGGAUUGUUUUAACUACAUUCAAGAUAAUCCUUCCGCAGAAUCCAGAGAAUAUCUUUUUCGGUUCAGUUACUUGGAAAUAUACAAAGAAAACAUACGUGACCUUUUAUCUUCUUCGUCCUCUGCAUCAGAGCCGGUCCGACUGUUUGACGGGCCUAAUGGUCUUAUUAUUCGUGGACUCAAAGAGGAAGUUGUUUCAUCUCCCGAGAAGGUCUUCAAACUUCUUAGGCAGGGCGAGAAGAGACGGCAAGUUGGGGCGACUCAUAUGAACCAACAUUCGAGCCGAUCUCAUGCCGUUAUGCGCUUAAAGAUUGAAUCUUCCUCUACAAUUGAUAGACGUGACAGAACCCGUGUUUCUCUCCUUUCGUUAGUUGAUUUGGCGGGAAGUGAAUCAGUACGGCUGAACGGUGUAGAACGAAGAGACGAAGGACAAUACAUAAACAAGUCACUCAUGGCGCUCGGCCAAUGUGUACUUGGCCUCUCUGAAUCAAGCAAAAGCGAAGGUGGAAAGAAAAUCAACCGAAGCCAUAUUCCUUUUCGUGACUCGAAACUUACUCGAAUGUUACAAUCGUCGCUAUCUGGAAACGCCAAGAUGUUAUUAAUGUGUUGCAUCAGCCCAUUAGCAUCUCACAUGGAAGAAUCUCACAAUACUUUCAAAUUUGCAACCCGAGCUAAACGUAUCGAACAAACGGCAACAAUACAAACAGCCGGAGACAAAGAAGAAACAUUGCUUCAGACUUAUCGCGAUGAAAUUGAAGAUUUGAAGAAACAAUUGGCAGAAGCUGCAGAGCAGAAGCAAACACUUUUAAAUGAGCAACGGGAAUACCAAGCGAUGAAGGAACGUCAAAACAUUCUACAGUCAACAGAGGAUGAAAUAGAAGUGGUUGCUACUCUCCCGCCACAAUCCGAUAUCAACAACAUUAYUACUUCAAACACUAUGGAAUCGACCACAGAGGAGAUUGAAGAAUUGGUUGAAGCUAUCCAAACGAUGGAACACUUAAUCCUCAAAAGCCGAUCGCUUCAGCAGCGUUCUUCGAGUAACCCAGAGGCUGCUGAAAAUAAUGACACAAUUCUAGAAACGAAUAGUAGUUGCGAUUCAGAAAAAUUGGAAGAUUUUCUCGACUAUGCCUUGGAAUCUUCCAAAACAGAAGACCUAUUGGUGGAUAACAAGACUUGUGCUGUACCAAGUAGUACGAACGAUGUUACUACCAGUCCUUUAGACCCCAAAAGCAUGGCAAACACUGAAGAUAAGCUUCAUUCGGAGUUGACUCGAAUUCGAGGUCUUCUAGGAUCUGUAUUACAGAAGAGGGGUGUGCCGAGUAAGAUAGUGCGGAAGAGUCUGGAUUUUUCAACCCCAGCUCGUGGUCCUCUGCAGUCACGAAAUGCACUUGAUCAGUCUUUAUCAGACGAACUCGAAGUAGGAACUGGCGCUGAAGGGAAUAUCAACGAACGUUAUGGCACAACGAAAGAGGAUGCCGAAGAAAAGAAAGCUGAAUUGGAGUCACUUCGAAUGCAACUUGAACAGCAGGAACGGACGACAAGUUUGCGAAAAGCUGAUUCUCAUUUUCUGCAGCGCCAACUAGAAGAAAAAGACAUGCUGCUAGAAGAAGUUUCCAGUUUGCUCGAAGCAGUAGAGAGGCGACAGGGAGAGUUGGAACGAGAAAAUUUUGCCCUGAAGGUAGAACUGAGUAGGCUAAGAGAUGAGAAGGGUUUUGAAGUGUAAUCAUAAUAUGCGAACAAAGGAUUCUUCCUGGGUUCUGGCCCUGGUUGAUAGGUUGAAACACGCACGUAUUGAAGUCGUUCUUAGCUCCACUUUCCACACUAACCAUACCAUAAAGCGAACAUUUUUCUUGGGUCAAAUUAAUUUAAGCUGGAGUC